UCGUGUUUCGCAAAUUAUUUUAACGAAAAAAAAAAGUGUAAACAAAAACAAACGACAUGAAGGACUUUUUAGCAAUUUUUGUAUUUUUGCAACAAUUACUUUCGCUGACCGCAUCUCGGGAACGUCCCAACAUCGUAAUCAUCAUGGCAGACGACAUGGGUUUCCAUGACAUCAGUUUGCACGGCAGCGAAGUACCAACACCAAAUAUUGACGCACUCGCAAUGCACGGAAUCGCCCUAAAUCGCUUCUAUGUACCGCCCAUGUGCACACCAUCACGUGCCUCCAUCUUCACUGGCAAAUAUCCGACGCAUGUCGGUAUGCAACAUUGGGUUAUUGACUCCGAUGAGCCAUGGGGCUUGAGCCCGGACGACAAAAUUAUGCCGGAAAUCUUCCAAGAAGCCGGUUACGCGACACAUCUCGUCGGAAAAUGGCACUUGGGCUUCUUCAAAAAGGAAUUUACGCCAAACGAGCGGGGUUUUGACUCGUUUUUCGGGUAUUUGGGACCCUUUAUUGGCUAUUACAACCAUAUGUUGUUCAAGCAUGAUCGCGCAAAUUACACGCCCGGUUAUGACAUGAGGCGCGAUUACGAGAUUUCGUACGAAACGAAUGGGACAUAUGCCACGGAGCUCUUUACGAAGGAGACAAUUCGCGUAAUUGACAUGCAUAAUGGGGAGAAUCCGUUGUUUUUGAUGCUGAAUCAUUUGGCGCCGCAUGCAGGAAAUGCCGCGAAGCCGCUGGAAGCUCCGGAAGAGAAGUUGAAACGGUUUAGUUACAUCAAAGAUGAGCAAAGGCGACACUUGGCGGCGAUGGUUUCGGUUUUAGAUGAUGGUGUGGGUGAAAUUGUGCAAGCAUUGAAGGUGAAAGGAAUGCUUGAUAACACGAUAAUUCUCUUUUAUUCGGAUAAUGGAGCUCCGACGAUUGGUUUGCAUGCGAAUAAGGGCUCAAAUCAUCCAUUGAGAGGGCAAAAAAAUUCACCAUGGGAAGGAGGAUCACGCGUCCCCGCCGUCCUGUGGCAUUCAAAACUGGCAAAUCGUCGUGUUUUCGACCAUUUCAUGCACGUUAGUGACAUUUUACCGACAUUUGCUACUGCAGCCGGUAUCAAACUCGGUUCUUUCAUGCGAGAAAUUGAUGGCGUCGAUCAAUGGCAAGCCCUUUCAACAAUUUCAAGCGAAAAAUUUGGCAUUCGCAGAGACAUGCUCUACAACAUUGACGCAGAUUACGCCGCUUACAUGCAAAACGGAUGGAAAAUUGUCGUUGGAUCAACCUCAAAUGGCAUCUACGACGGUUGGCUUGGCAACUUUAUCGAAGAAAAUGCGAAAAUGAACACUACUUUCUACCAAAAUCUCGUUCGCACGUCACUCGUUCAUCAAUCAAUGUCCUCAAAACACGAAAUUUCUUUCGAAAAACUGAAAAAAAUUGAAUGUCACACCGACAUAACGCCUUGUAAUCCGCUCGAGAGCCCAUGUUUGUUCAACAUCCUUGAAGAUCCAUGCGAAACUCGCAAUCUCGCUGCAAGUGAAAACAAGAUAUUGACCAAACUCCUUGCGAAUCUCGAGAAAUAUCGACAAAGUGCACUGCCGUAUCGCAACCAACCGCCAGAUUUUGCCGCAAAUCCUCGGAAUUUCAACGACACAUGGGCAUAUUGGUGUGAAAAUGACGUCGAAACAUCAGAAAAAGACACAAGUUUGCCACAGCUGCCGAUUUUAUUGAUCUUAAGCGUGUCAGCGACGACGUUAAUUGCGCUUUUGUGUUCCAUUAACGCACAAAAACGCAAAAAAUUGCAUCUGCAUGAUCGUUUAGCGACAAUUUUCGAGCAGAAAACUUGCAUUAACAACAAUAAUAUUCGCCAAGAGACAGCUUUGUCGCAAGUGUGA